CUAAAAGUUUUUAAAAAAAAAGAAAAAUAUUGUUAAAAAAUUGUUUAAACCACACAAAAUAUUGUUAUUCAUAAAGUUGGUAAAGUUUAAAAAUAUCAACAGACGAGGAAGAAUGGGAAGUUUUCAGUGUGAGUUGCAUACCAGCCUCUUUUUAUUUCGUUGAAUAUUAUCCUAUUUUUCAGAAACUUUUACUCGAACAUCAAUAACACCCUUUUAAGUAAUUUCCAUCCAUCUACACACAAACAUAUAUAGGAACAAUAUUUACAUUUCCAUAGAAGUCUAUUUUAAGCUUUAAAACAAUCGUAGCGCAUCCACCAUGUCUAUCAUUUAAUCGAUUUACAAUUUAAACAAAAGAAAAAACACUCUUGCAUCCAAACUUUGUUUUUGUACGAGUUUAACAACAACAACAAAAUCAAACAACUCCCCCCAGAAGGCUCCAAUUUUCAUAUGACUUCAAUAUAAAAAAAAUAAAGAAAUAUUAACAACAGAAAAACCUCCCCACCCGGAUGGAGUAAGUACCAUAAAACUCCCCUCAUACAAUAACUUUGAGUAUGUGUACUUGUACUCAUAGAAUACAAGUUGACUUUGUAUUCAAAAUCAUUUAAAUUUAACCCUAAUGCCUUAAUGCAUUGACCUUAUGCACUGUUAAGCAUUUUCAAGUAGAAAGUAUAAAGCCCAACCAUAAAAUUUACACUCUAAUGUUUUCGUCCUGAUACCAGACACCUGCUGCCUUAACGCUAUACUUUUAUAAGGAUCUACACAUAUACAUAUACAUAUAGAAAAGAAAACCUCAACUCAACUCUAUGCCUAUGCGUGAUGGCAUUUUUGUUUAAAAAAAAAAAGAAAUUAUUCAAAAUACUCUCAUCUAUUAGAAAACCAACUAUGUGCCUUGGUAUACCUACGUAUAUCCUGUAUGGUGGAAUUUUUGUGUUAUCCUUUUUUUGUUCAACUCUAAGCCAAUUUUUGCGCAUGACACAAACGCAUCAUAAGCACAGGGUGACGUAUCAGAAAGCUUUUUCUGUGAUAACUUUUUGACACAAGAGAGAGAGUGUACGAGCAGGACGAGCACGAGCACAAGUCCUGAUGUGAAGACUUGUAAUUACAUCUCGAAGGAAAUUAGAAACUACUCACCGUCGAGACGAAGAGCAUUUCAGUAGAAAAGGGCGGAAGACUCUCGGAGGUAUAUAGCGUGCGGUACCACAAGCUGUGAAAUUGGAAAAUAGAAAAAUUUAGAAUUUUUUUGAAGCAAAAACCAAAACGAGUGUCCUUUCAAAGGAUAUGAAAAGUUUUCUGUGACUAAAGUGAGUGUGAUAAGUUAAAAGUAUUGCUCAAAAAUGGAUAAAGUCUUCUAGAAAUGAGGAACACCAUAAUUCACAAUAUUAUCAUCAGAAUUAUCGCGUUGUCGUUUUCGAAGGAAGGACUCCUCCUUGUUGUCGUUUGCUGAAGCUUUUGCUCUGUUUUGCCAACAAACCAAAAAUUGAAAGAAAAAGUGUUCAAAAACGAAAUAAGAGAAUCCCGGUUGAGAAAACGAGAGUUUAUCCGUACCGCAAAUAUAUAAAUAAACAAAAAUCCCGAUUUAUUUCGCCAACUAUAUAUUUUGUGUACGUUCGUUCUUCCUCGUUCUAAAUCACAAUAAUUCCUCCGAAAAUCAUCGCGUCCCAAACGAAGCAGAAGUCCUAACUACUUUCCGUUUUUCUUCCUUGUGCCGUGGUGCUCUUUCUUCUUCAGCUACUUAAGUUUGUUUCGUUUAUGUUAUUUUGUAAUUUAUGUGUUUACUCAGACGGGAAUAAUAAUAUUAAUUCAGAUAUUCCAAAGCACCAUAACGGCGGCGGCGGAGUGGUGUGUGUGCAAAAGGUAAACAAAGUUUUCUCCAUUACCCCAUCUGUACUUCACUCCCAAUCAUCAGCAGGAGUCAUCAGGCCUUUAAGGACGCGCAUUUGAAGGAAUUCCGGAUAAAAUUUUGUCUAUAUAUUCUUCUACAAGUUUUGAUUUGAAAUUUCUUCAAGAAAGUGUAAAAGCUCUUCCAGAUGAAUUCGACAAAGUCAGCAUCAGCAGCAGCAGCAUCAGGAAGAAGAUUGUCGUAGAAAAAAAAGGACUCUUUCCGAUAACAUAUAGUCAGAGCUCCGAGUCAGUGUCAGUCACUCAUCGGCCGAGGUGCGGUGCUGGAAUUUUUCGAUUUGUUUUCGUUGACUGUCUUGAGCUUCCAUAUGGAUUUGUUCGAGAGUUAUUUCCUCUCCUCGUCAUCCUUGUCGUCGUAGUCGUAGUCGUUCUCAUCCUCAUCCUCUAUCAAGGGUGGGAGUUAUUGAUUCUUGAAAGAAAGUUUACAACACAAAAAAAAAUAAAAUAUAAAAACGAGUGUUCGGUUGAACACGUGGCUUAAAUGGCUUAAGGCAAAGUGAAGUGAUCCUUGAUUAAGGGUGUGUUUGUGUGUGCGCUUUCGGUCAUAAUCUAAUAGAGGUGUAUAUAGAAGUUUUGUGCGUGGGUUAUUCUUGUUCAUAUAUCCUUUAAUUAAUUCAUUCUCAAACAUCAAAUCGGAAAACGGAAACAAAAAAUUCAUUAAGUGAAAAUGCAUGGAUAUCCGGUUAUGCAGUUUGUUCAGUACAGUGUGCCACCGCCAUGUACUUGGGUACCACCAUCGGAUCCACAUCGUCCAUCAUCAGCAGUACCACAUUCCACGGGCAUUAAAAAAUACGUAGUAUGGUGCUUAAUUUGCGGAGGAUUCUCAUGCCUUCUGGGGGUGUUGUUCUUGGGUGUCUAUUUCCUGCUGCACUCGUAUACCAUUACGGUGGGGAACUUCGAGACUGUGCCCACGUUUGUACCUGCAACCCUGUUAAUCUUGACUGGAUUGUGUAUAAUGAGUCUGGCGAGAAGACGUAACCGGUACAGCUACUUGAUAAAACUGUCAGGAGCUUGUGGUUUGGUGUCGGCCCUGACAUGUGCCUUGGUUACUGUUACAACAACGGUCCUCCAUAUGAGCCGCCUCCAAGCUCUCCGGGAAUGUGAGUACGCACAAAAAACACGGACAUGUACAUGCUAUUCCGACAUGAUUGAGUCACAAGUCGAACGAGUGGAUAAAGAGGGUGUAAGGCUGGUUUUUGACUCCCUGUCCGAUUGUGGGGUGGUACAUGGAUCCUUGUACUCGUGCCUGCGAGCUAUAUUCGGACUGUCGGUAGCUGGAGUUCUGGUUGCUGUUUUCAGCUGUAUGCUCGUCUACCAACUGCUAAGCCACGAACGUAAAAAGAUGUACUGGGAGCAGCUGGAGUUACGAUGUCGGUCAUUGUAUACCACAAGUCAGCAGGGACCGCCGCCAAAUGGACCGAUGCCACCAAAUGGGCCAGCAGGAGUAAUUAGUGGACCGCGAGCGAACAUGUGUCGCUGCUGUGAACAAUGCCAUGCUCAUCGACAGGCACUCGCUCCCACUGGCUAUCCCUGGGAUGCUGGGGCCGAUGGGAGGUUUUGGACUGGCCAACCGCCGGGAAAUUUCUAUUCGCCCAAUCCAGGUGGAGAUGAUUUAAACACCGGUGGAGGGACAAAUCGCGGACUAAAUCAGAGUAGCCAACGGGCCCGUGUGGCCGGAUGGAGUUGGCCACGAAUGCCCUGGCAAAGAAGCUCGCCCGACCCAAAUGCAAGAUAUCGGCAGACACCUUCAAGCCCUGACUCGCAGUAUGGUUUUUCGAAUAACACCCAAAACGGAGGCGAUGGGCCUGGGGUGAUGUCAGAUGAACGGAUGAGCUGCAGUAUGGCCCACCAAAAUCAGCAAGCGGCCUUUAAUGUCAUGGCCAAUGGACUGCCGUACGGGGUGUGGGGUCCCCCACCACCCUACAGUGAUCCAAACAGCCCGGCAAGACGAGGCCGAUAUCAGUAUAUGCAUUCUCAUUCGAAUCAGUGCCAGAACAUGAUGAUGGAGCGGCAAAUGGCAGGCGCACCGCAAUCAUCGCACUCACAAAUCCCGAAUAUCGAAUGCCACCAGCACAGUUCGUCCACAGAUAGCCACUCCAUGGAGCCAUUUUGCUCGCAGCAAGCAACGAGGAACAUGAUUAAGCGACAGAGUGGGGCUGGCGGGAAUGGUGUGUUUAAAACUCCCAAGGACACCUAUGAAAACACCCCUUCCGAUAGUGAUGGGCCAAGGGAUCGCUUCUCGAACACGCUUCCAGUGCGGAAGACAAAAAAGAGGGUCGUUGAGGUAGGUGCCAAGAGCAUAGGUCCCAACUCACACUCAACCCAACGUGUAAAUGUGCAGAAUGUCUUCAUGGAACACGAAUAUCAUGAACCAAAUCCUGUGGGUGGCCAUCAUGAGGCAAUGAACUCAACCUCAAGCGGACAAUCAUCAACGUGUCAGCAGCCAAAGAUUAAGAGACUGAAAACAGGAGGAGUUGAAAACUCUGGCUUCCAGAAUAAUGGCGAGAAUCUACCCGAUUCGACGGAGGAGGGCGGAAAUGGUAACACUCGAAAUGGUGACCCAACUGAAUCGGAAGUCUACUUUGCCGACGUUAGCAGCUGUUGUAACGUGUCGGUAAAGAAUGACAACUACUACGAUGAUGCCAACCAGCACCAUCCGUCCUCGAACAAGGAUAAGCCAACAAAUCAACCAAAAGACCAGCCGGAGAGCAAUGAAAACGAAGACUAUUUAGCCCAACGUUUCGGACAGCGAGAGAACUCUGUCCGCUGCAGACUUCCCUUCCCCCAGCAGUCACGAGUCGAGCAUGAUCAACUCAAUCUGCCGGUGCAAUCAAGGCAGGGACUCAUCCCCAAGGAUAUCUCCCGACAGAGUAUGUGCUCAGUGGAUUCCGGUGAAAAGACCGACUUCACUGAUUUAUCUCCGGCAACUCCAUGCAACAACUUUGCACAUCCAUCCUCGCACUUCCCCAGCGCCAAUAAUGUACCAAGUAGCUAUGCGAAUCAGACAAGUAACGAGCUUAAUGAAACAGCAGCGAGGUCAAAUUUCGUUGCAUCAUUCCCGUUCUCUUCGGAGCAAAGCCAAGAGGCACAUCGACGAUCGACGAAAAACAUUCAAGAUGUUGUGUUCCUAGCCCCGGACGCUCAAUACGAAGUGAUCAAAGAACCAAAUCAAUUCGAGAACACACCCCUCACUAUGGCAACUUAUGACAACGAGGUGAGUUUCAAGCAAGCAGCACCUCCAAACAGCCAUUUCCAGAAGUCCCAACACACGCCAAUAAAGAGGCCAAACAUUAGCAGUAUUAUACAGAAUUUGGGAAACACCGACAUGGGAUUACUCUAUCCGGACAGUAGGCGAGAUGCCACCUCCGAUGGACCGCCCCAUCAGAUAUUGUCGAAGGUUGACCGACCUGGACAUCUGACAGCAUCGGACAAUGAAUGGUCGGAUAGCAGUGACAGGCGGUUGUGAAAGGAAGUGUUUGUUUAGGAGGUCGAGGUGGGACUUCAUCGUAACGCAAAAAUUACGACGAACUUUAGAUUGAAAAGAUUAUUGUAGUAUUUCAUACCGUUAGUUAAUUUAAUAAGAAUUUAAGUUUUCUUUAAAUUGGUUUGUUUAUGUAUUUGUACAUUUUAGUUGUGUUUGUGUACUUGCUGAUAAGUGCUCUGUAAGUGUCUAUAUUUUUUUUGUUUUUACUGUUGUAAAUUAGUUCCUAACUUUGACUCUCCGAAAAAAACGCAACUUAGUGCCAUAGACAUUAAAUAUGGUGCUCUGUCACUUUGACAGUUGUUGACAACCAAAUCAUUUUAAUGGAAAUUGCCGCCAUUUUUGUUUUAGUUUGAAAGUUAUUUGUAAGUUGGAACAGUUCAAAAUAUUCAGUAACUUAUUUUGUUUUUGUACUAUCACUAAAUAAAAAAAGUCCGUUGAAAGUUUUCAGACUGAACUGAUACAAUAUUCCACAGGUCCUAAACCUCUCUAUGAAAUUACUGCAGUGUAGGUUCAGUUCUUUGAGGAUAAAAAAAGUAACUUAUGUCGUGA